CUUCACGCUGCGGCCCAAAAAAACCUUCACCGUGAUCGUGAGUCGUAGAAAUCGACACUCUAUUGGCCCGGGGGCUGUCACCCGUCCGACUUUGCUCAGAAACCACCAAUCUAUUGCAUCUGGAGCAAAAGUGUCUCAUUGAGUCACUCUGGCAGCGCGCAUCGCGUCGUGGUAACAAGACGGUGCCCGCUUAACACGCUCUUGCUUCUCGCACUGUCACAAAUAUGGGCAAAUUUGCCGCAUACCUCAACCUGGCACUCGCCGUGGCGUGGUUCGCGCUGUUUUUCACGAAUGACGCGCUCUUCGUCUCGCAUGAGACUGAUCUCUCCGACCACUUGCGCGGCGACGCGUUCGCGAUGGCCUGGGCGGGCUCGGCGAUUUGUAGCCGGCUCUACAUCGCUCUCGUCAAUUACGGCGUGGAGCUACGCCACGCGACGGCGAUUUUUUGUCUCCCUAGGGAUGCGGGCCGUCGCGGCGUCCGGCCGACGAUACCGCUCAAUACUCAUGUGGCGGUUCGACGUCGUGCCGAUCAUGCCGAUACACCCGCCCGUCCGCGGGGUGUCCUUCUCGAACUACGUGGCCAUGAGCGCGAGUCGGGCCCUGAUCUACAGUGGCGAUUGGGCCUGGUCCGUGCCGGGCGAAUUCCAAGACUGUGCUGUCGCCAUCUUUUCGCGAGGGUGUUGGUCGAAGCCGUGCGGUAUGAUCGGUGGGUGUUGUCGCAUCAAUCUGCGUACCAAUUUCCCGGGGGAAGUCGUCAACGUCGGCGCCGCUUCGCCCACCAAUAUGCACGACACCAAGACCUACAACGUCUACCGCGACGACUACACGCCCCACGGCCACGCCGUCUGCGCGAGCCUCACACAGUAUGGGGGUCCGCCCUGCCCGACGCGAGCCGGAGGCGUCCGUAUCGCGUGCGAUCAUGUCCGCGAGGCCUUUCGGCAGUACGCUCCCCACAAAAAGAAGAGAUGCGUGCCGAUGACCGGCAAGCAGAAGUGCGAGAUGGUACCCGGAGGCUGUACUAACUAGACUUACCGCCC